AUCUUGAGUCAGAUGACUGUGCAUCCAUAUACAUCUUCAAUGUAGACCAACCAUCAUCCUCUGUAAAUCAGCCAAUUUGUAUUCCUCGCCAUGGAUUGCAGUCUCACUCCUCUCCUCUCUCACCACCUACAAGACUUCAGAGUCAUAAGAACUAUGAAGGAACCUGUGAGGUACCAGAAUCCAAAUACAGUCCCCUAGGUGGACCCAAGCCCUUUGAGUGCCCUAGUAUUCAAAUUACAUCUAUUUCACCUAACUGUCAUCAAGGGAUUGAAACCAAUGAAGAUGAAUUGCACACAAAUGGCACAGAAAAUGAGUAUAUGGAAAGACCAUCACGGGACCAUCUCUAUCUUCCUCUUGAGCCAUCAUAUAGGGAAUCAUCCCUUAGUCCAAGUCCUGCCAGCAGCAUUUCAUCCAGAAGUUGGUUUUCAGAUGCUUCCUCUUGUGAAUCCAUUUCCCAUGUUUAUGAUGAUGUAGACUCAGAGCUAAAUGAAGCAGCUGCUCGAUUUACCCUUGGCUCUCCUUUGGCAUCUCCUGGUGGUUCUCCAAGAGGGCCCAGUGAUGAAUCUUGGCAGCAGCCUUAUGGAUUUGGGCAUGCCUUGUCACCUAGACAGUCCCCGUGUCAUUCUCCUAGAACUAGUAUUACAGAUGAAAAUUGGCUAAGCCCUAGACCGACAUCAAGGCCCUCAUCAAGACCUACAUCCCCCUGUGGGAAACGACGACACUCCAGUGCUGAGAUUUGCUAUGCUGGUUCUCUGUCUCCUCACCAUUCUCCAACUCCAUCACCUGGCCAUUCUCCCAGAGGAAGCGUAACAGAAGACACGUGGCUAAACACUUCCAUCCAUAACGUACAAGGCCUUAAUUCUGGCCUUUCACCAUUUCAGUGUUGUACAGAGACUGAUAUUCCUCUAAAAACAAGAAAGACCUCAGAGGAUCAGACUGCCACUUUAUCAGGAAAAAUAGAUCUCUGUCCUGAAGAACAGGGUAACUUAUCAUCAUCCCUUGAAACUGCAGUGGAUGACUGCUCUGGAUCUCAGCAUACCUUGAAAAAAGAUUUGCCUGGAGACCAAUUUCUUUCUGUUCCUUCGCACUUUACUUGGAACAAACCAAAGCCUGGUCAUACUCCUAUAUUUCGCUCAUCUUCAUUGCCACCUCUUGACUGGCCUUUACCAAGUCAUUACGGGCAGUGUGAACUGAAAAUAGAAGUGCAGCCUAAAACUCAUCACAGAGCUCACUAUGAAACGGAAGGAAGCAGAGGAGCAGUGAAGGCAUCUACUGGAGGACACCCUGUGGUGAAGCUCCUGGGCUACAGCGAAAAGCCAGUAAACCUGCAAAUGUUCAUCGGAACGGCAGAUGAUCGCUACUUAAGACCUCAUGCCUUCUACCAGGUGCACCGAAUCACUGGAAAAACAGUUGCCACCGCUAGUCAAGAGAUAAUAAUUGCCAGCACAAAAGUUUUGGAAAUACCACUUCUUCCUGAAAAUAAUAUGUCAGCCAGUAUCGAUUGUGCUGGUAUUUUGAAACUUCGCAAUUCAGAUAUAGAGCUCCGUAAAGGAGAGACAGAUAUUGGAAGAAAGAAUACCAGAGUGCGACUUGUGUUUCGUGUUCACAUCCCACAACCUAGUGGAAAAGUCUUAUCUCUGCAGACUGCUUCCAUACCUGUUGAAUGCUCUCAGCGAUCUGCUCAAGAACUUCCUCAGAUUGAGAAGUACAGCAUCAAUAGUUGCUCAGUAAAUGGAGGCCAUGAAAUGGUGGUGACAGGAUCCAAUUUUCUUCCAGAAUCCAAAAUUAUAUUUUUUGAAAAAGGACAAGAUGGACGACCUCAGUGGGAGGUAGAAGGGAAAAUAAUUAGGGAAAAGUGUCAAGGGGCAAACAUCAUACUUGAAGUUCCUCCAUACCAUAACAAAACCAUUACAGCUGCAGUUCAGGUGCAGUUUUAUCUCUGCAAUGGCAAGAGGAAAAAAAGCCAGUCUCAACGUUUUACUUAUACACCAGUUAUAAUGAAGCAAGAGCAUAGAGAUGAGGUGGAUUUGUCUGCUGUUCCAUCUUUGGCCCUGCCUCACACAAGCAACGUCCAGGGCCUGCAUUCUAUCCGAACUCAAUUGCCUUCACCAGAGCAAGGGCAUCCACAUGACAAUUUACUGUCUACAUCACCCAGGAGCCUUGUGUGUCCAGUUCAGGCACCAUACACAGCGAUGGUGACCUCAGCGGUAUCCCACCUGCCACAUAUGCAAGGUCGAAACCUUAGUCCAAGUGAAGAGUGUCAUGUUUUGCCUCCUGCUGUGGUUCAGUCUUUUCAGGUAACAUCAGCACCUCCUGUGAGGCCUUCUUACCAGCCUAUGCAGUCUAAUGAUGUAUACAACGGACAGUCUGGUCUUCCUAUGAACUCUGCCUCCAGCCAAGGAUUUGAUGCUAUUUCAUUUCCGCAAGACACAGCUGUACCUCAUUUGAUAAACCUUAGCUGCCAAGCUCUACCACCAAUGCAGUUUCAUUCUUCCAAUCCAGGUUCUGUGUCAACAUCGAGUACAGCAGGGCACCCGCUAGCACACCCAGCUCAUUCGGGACAGUCAUCUCCUCACCUGCCGUCGAUGGGAUACCACUGCCCAAGCACUGGGCAGGGCUCCAUCCCUUCUGCAAUGAGUCGCUCCCUCGGGCAGUCUUCCCCCCAGCUGCAGCAAGUCCCAUACCAUCCUACCAAUCCAGCGUCCGCUUCAUCCCCAUCCCCAACAGCUUCCCACCCUUUGGUCCAUUCACCGCUGUCUGGGCCUUCUUCACCCCAGCUUCAACCUCUGCCUUAUCAAUCUCCUAGCUCAGGACCUGCCUCAUCUCCCCCGCCAACCACUGUAGCUCACUCGGGACAGCACUCCCCUCAAGCACAUAGUCCAGCGUUGGGAGGUCUUAAUGCAGCAUCAUCCCUAGUACGCCGUACCGUAUGCGAUUCAUCUCCAUUUUCACCAGAUGGGGCAGCUAUUAACAUUAAACCAGAACCUGAAGAUCGAGAAUUGAAUUUUCAAACAAUAGGACUGCAAGACAUCACACUAGAUGAUGACAGUUUUAUCUCUGACCUGGAAUACCAGCCAUCAGGUUCAACAGAGAAAUGGACUCAACAUUCAGCCUCAUGUCCAACUCCUAUGUGGAAAAUCUAGAGGUGAAUGAGAUCAUAGGAAGAGAUAUGUCACAGAUCUCAGUGUCACAUGGAACAACAGUGGCCAGCCAGUCUGCACAUACAUGUCCUGGAUCUCUGGAGACAAGACUAUCUGAUGGAAUCCAGUAACGGAUAAGCUUACAACUAAACAUCCAUGAAAACUUAACAGUUUCUCUGAAUAUUUCUUCGUCCUCUUCCUCUUUAGACUUACUGUGCUUCCAACUCUGUGGCCUUUAUGAACUGGAACAGUGGAUCCUUGCAAAGCCCUUUUAGUGGGUUACAUUUUUGAUGUAGAGACAGAGCGUUUUAAUUAUAGUUCAUCAGAUGCUGUAAAGAGACUUCUUAAAAUGGACACACAGAAUCUACACCAGAUAUUUUAACUGUUUAAAAGUUACAAACAAGCUUUGCUUUUUGCAUUUAAAUAGAAUACUUUUAUAUUGUAAGUGCUUCAGAUGUGUGGA